CAUUCCGCGAGUCUCACCAUGUCCUUGGCGAACAUCAGCACGACCGUCCAGUUCAAUUACCGUCCGUCGAACGAUCUGUUCCUGCGCAAGCUGCCCGCCUCGCGCUCGUUCGACUUCGGCCCGCAGGCGCCCCUCGUUGUCGUCGCUGUGUUCAUUGCGCUGUUCGUCCUCGGCGAGGUGGGGCAGUUCUUGCUCGCACAUCGGCAGCUUUCUACAGGGCAGAAGGGCAACUACGUGAUCUUGCCAUGGCUGUGGUACCUGGGCACACCGCAGUUCUUCACGAAGGAGUGCCGGUAUCUUGCCAAGGCGCUGCAAAGAUUCCCCGGAUCGUGGUUCCGGUUCAGGGUUCGGGAGAACGACGUCGUCAUCGUCUCUGGUAGCGAGGCAAGGCAUGUCUUCUUCAACUGCCAGUCGCUUACCUUCCUCGAGGGCUACUUCCUCCUGCAUCCAAACAUGAGGUACCUGCUGCCUGAGGCGUACACGGAUGGAAAGGAUGGCUUCGGCUGGCUGCUGAAGCAGUUUGCGCGUAUAGACGUUCUCCAGCGAUUCCUUGCUCCUACAGUCGCCGAUGCUCAGGGCCUCCUCACAGAGCUUGGGAAAGAAGGGAUCAUGGACCCCUUCACGGAAGUCGACCGAGCCGUGUUCAGCGUGUCCACGCGCAUCGCGGCAGGCAACGAGAUCGCGGACGAACCGGAGAAGCUCAGUGCGAUGCAUCGUGCGCUCUCGUGGUUGCAGAAGAGCUCAACGCCGCAGGCACAUAUCCUCCCGUGGAUCCCGACGCCAGCACGGUUUCGGGGUGUGAUCGGUGCCCUGAAGCUGCACCGGAUGCUCAGCGAGGUGUUCUCGAAGCGCAAGCGGCACUCAGCGAGCAACAACGACGUGCUACAGAGCCUUGUGGAUGAGGACGUCAGUGCGACACAGGCAUCUGUGCUGACAAUCAUGACGAUCCUGGCGGCGCAUACAAACACGAGCGCGAUCCUAUCCUGGCUGAUCAUCACCCUCGUUCAACACCCGACAUGGCUCGCAGCCGUCCGCGCCGAGGUCGACGCUUUCCUAUCCACUCACCACGUUUCAACCCCUUCACACUCGCCUUCGCCCAUUGGCACACCCUGCCCCACAGAUUCCCCGUCCGAUAUCCCGUUCGUCGCGUGGGAGCGCGCGCUCCCGACGCUCGACCUCUGCCUGCAAGAGUGCCUGCGGCUCUACAUGAACGUGCCUUUGAUCCGGCGGAACACCGGCGAAGACAUCGAGGUCGCUGGGCGGACGAUCGCGAGCGGCGACUACGUGAUGUACAUGAUGGAGGACGCGCAUCUCGAUGCGGCGGCGUACCCUGAGCCAAUGCGGUUCGACCCUCUCCGGGAUCGGAGCAGGGCGGGGAAGUCGGGCUUUGUCGCGUGGGGAGCUGGAACUCACCCGUGCACUGGCCAACGCCUUGCGAAGCUCAUCAUUAAGGUCUUCGUCUCGUUGCUUCUGUGGAAUUACGACCUUGAGCUUGUAGAUGCCCGCGGCGAGCUGUUGAAAAAGGCACCGCAGCCGGUUAUGGGGCUGUUCAGCGUGCCUAGACCGGAUGCAGAUGUGCGGUGGUGUUAUCCGUUCGCCCGAAAUCGGUCGAAAUCAGUAUUUGCUGUUGGUAAGAAGGGAGCUAGCUCCAGGAUGCGCCGCAUGAUUCUCAGUAGGCUGCAGGGCAUUCGAAAGACAGAAGCUGAGGCUGACCCAUAUAUUGACAUUGCAAACUGCACCGUUUACACGUUAGCGCAUUCGCUGGACGACGGGGCACACACAUAAAUCUCUAGAGACAUGCCAGCGCAAAGUGAAAGUACCCAAAGCGCGACGAAGCGGGAGGGAUACCGAGUGCAGCGGACGAUGGACCGGCUGCACUUCAAUUCGUACGUGAAAUGGGAUUUGAGAGCAGUGAGGGCAAUACAAAUCAUCUGCGCGUGACAAUAAAACAAGCAAGACUCAUCAAUCUGAAGGCAUGUAGCCAGAUACUGGACGUCACGGACGGUGCAAGCGUUGUUCGAGCUCAAUCAUAAUGUCCGUGGGGAUCCAUAUUAGAUAUCUUCUGUCUCUGCAGCAAGCCUGAAAGACCGUCACCGAGUUCCCGUCUGAGCACACAUCAUCGCACACAGCGGAGAAAUCCCAGAGGAUAUGGGAGCAAAGGAAGAAGGGACUUGGGGGAGAGAGGGAACAAUGGGCGAUCGACGCGAACAAGGCGCGUCUGUUGUGGGUUGUUUGCGCGUCGCGGGAGACG